GCCACUCAGUUCAAAAGACCGGUCAAAAACCAGCAACGAUGGCGUCAAUAUUGCGAGGAUAUUCGAAUUUUCUUGAGAGGACAGGUCUUUUUGGGCAAAUGAUCACAGCUGCCUCGCUCUGGUCGACAGGGGACAUCUUAUGUCAAUAUAUAACACGACCAACAGCACCAACACCCACAUCGACGAGCCCUCCAUCCACUAGCGGCAACAGAAUAUCAGCGCAAGCAGCAAUCUCAAAGGAUCUGUCCUUCCCACUAUCCCAAAUCACGGAAACUGUCAAGGCAUCAAACACGGCUGCCAUCAUACCACGCAGUAGUACCUUUGAAAUCGAUUAUAAACGCGUCGCUAUCAUGGCCACGUUUGGAUUCUGUAUGGCCGGCCCGGCUUAUACAUACUGGUAUAGGUUUCUAGAUAAACACGUCGUGUCGUAUACCAGCAGGGUGCUGAAGAAGCAGCAGCAGUUGAAUCCGACUCUGAAUGUGUCUAAAAUUAAUAUGGCUUGGAAGAUCGCCAUUAUUAAAGUGGCACUAGACGACUUUGUAUUCGAACCAAUUUAUCUGCCGGCGUUCUUCACUUCCACUGGACUUCUGAGCGGAAACACUGUUACAACUGUCACGACUCAGAUCAAGAACGAAUUCUGGCACACCUACUUUAUAGACUUGCUUUUAUGGACGCCUGUACAGUUAAUCAAUUUUAGAUGGAUUCCGCUGCUGUAUCAACCAGUGCUGGUUAAUUGUGUCAAUAUCGGAUGGUAA